UCUCUUUCAGACUUUUUGAGAGAGAGAGGCAGGGAGCAAUGGUGUUAAAACUGCAGCCAGAGACUUUUUCCUGUUGUUUUGAAUUUUCGAAGAGCUUCCUUUCCACUUUUUGAUAUCUCAGCAGCUGCAAGCAAAGCAUAGAGCUUUUUAUUCAGGAGCAAAAACCCAGAACAAUUUCCAUGGGAAGAGUCUUGGAUUCCAAUUUCUUAGCUUUCACUGCCAUUGUCACUGUGGGGUAUCAGUUGUUGUUCUUCAUAGUCACUGCUCUUCUCAAGUUCGACAAAGUCACUGACUUUGCUGGAAGUACCAAUUUUGUUAUCCUUGCUAUUCUGACUUUGGUUGUCAAAGGUUCAUGGCAUUUUAGACAGGUAGUGUUGAGUUUGCUUGUGAUAAUAUGGGGUCUUCGCCUCGGGUUUUUUCUACUGAUGAGGAUUUUGCAAUGGGGAGAGGAUCGGCGUUUUGAUGAAAUACGUGGUAAUCUAGGGAAGUUAGCAGUUUUCUGGAUAUUUCAGGCUAUGUGGGUAUGGACUGUGAGUUUACCUGUAACAGUUGCUAAUGCAAGCAACAGAACGCCAUUGAUCCAAGCUGCAGACAUAAUUGGAUGGAUUAUGUGGUUUGUCGGUUUUUCAGUUGAAGCUGCAGCUGAUCAGCAAAAGUUAACUUUCAAAAGUUCUCCACAAAAUAGAGGAAAAUGGUGCAAUGUCGGACUAUGGAAAUACACUCGUCAUCCAAACUAUUUUGGUGAGAUAUUCCUUUGGUGGGGAGUAUUUGUGGCAUCCACACCCGUAUUGGAAGGUGCAGAGUGGCUGGUGAUUCUUGGACCAAUCUUUCUCACGUUGUUGCUUCUUUUCAUCAGUGGCAUCCCGUUGCUUGAGAAAUCUGCAGAUAAGAAGUUUGGAAACGUAGACGAAUAUAGGCUGUAUAAAAGAUCGACUAGCCCUCUGAUACCGCUACCUCCAGUUAUAUACAAGAACUUGCCGUUGUGGUUCAAAACAACUUUUCUCUUUGAGUUUCCUCUCUACAGCCGUAAUCUUCCUCGAGAAAAGCCAAACUGGUUUAUGUUUUGACAUGCCGAACUGUUUGUUCAAACUUGUAAGACGUUGCCAUCUGUGGAAGGUGUAGAACAAGCCGGGUAGAACGAAGAAGCGACGGAUUGAAGAUCGGCUAGCUUCCGAUUCUUUUGUAAUACUUCGAAUUGUAACGAUUGUAUGCAUUUAUUCUACAGUUGAAUGAAAUGUGGACUUGUUUC